GUCACUUUAUCUCUUCCCGCCCCCCGAAAAAAAACAAUGAUCAAACUCUUCGCGCGAGAUGACGUUUCCUUAGAGGAGAAAGACACUGCCGUUUCUAGGGGAGAGAGCGGAGCAAGCGGAGAGAAUGACAGAGGCCGAUACCGCGCAGGGAGACCUUACCCAGCCGCGGCCUGUCGGCGUCUCAAUGGAGCUAAGUCGCCUCGGCCAACCGCGAGCCACUUCCUCUGACGUCAGCAGUGACACGUGGAUCCAAGAUGGCGGCGGCAGGGGCGCUGAUCCACAGCCUGGCCAAUGAUCCUUCAACAGUGGGGGUUUUACCCUGACAAUGUGACAGCAACUUUAAUGGUUCACAGUUGGAAGCCAAUGGAGAGGCUCACGUGUCCGCUGGUGCUACUGCUUUUGUGCCAUGGGGUGAGCUGCUUCUACGUGCCGGGGGUCGCACCCAUCAACUUCCACCAAAAGGCUCCUGUAGAAAUCAAGGCUGUGAAGCUCACCAGUUCACGAACGCAGCUACCUUACGAGUAUUAUUCCUUACCCUUCUGCCAUCCUCGGACAAUCACAUAUAAAGCUGAAAAUCUGGGUGAGGUCCUUCGAGGGGACCGGAUUGUCAACACUCCAUUCCAGGUUUUCAUGAAUGUUGAGAAGAAGUGUGAGGUUUUGUGCAACACUCCCAGCAAGCCUGCAGUCCUGACAAAGGAGGAGAGCAAGCUGAUCGCUGAACGGAUCCGGGAGGAAUACUAUGUCCAUCUCAUUGCCGACAACUUGCCUGUGGCCACACGGCUGGAGUUCUAUUCGAACCACGAGGAGGAAGAGAAGGGCAAGGAUAAAGAUGUACAGUUUGAGCACGGUUACCGGCUUGGGUUCAUGGACACUACUAAGUUCUAUCUGCACAACCACCUCUCCUUCAUCCUUUACUACCACAGAGAGGACGUGGAAGAGAACCAUCAGCCAACCUACAGGGUGGUUCGCUUUGAAGUCAUCCCGCAGAGCAUCAAGCUUGCUGAUCUGAAGGCCGACGAGAAGGGUGCCUGUGUCCUGCCUGAAGCUGCCAACUCAGCUCCUCAGGAGAUUGAUCCCAUGAAGGAAAACGAGUUGCUCUUCACCUACUCUGUGCAUUGGGAGGAAAGUGAUAUCAAAUGGGCUUCUCGUUGGGAUACUUAUCUCACGAUGAGUGACGUGCAGAUCCAUUGGUUCUCCAUCAUUAACUCCGUCGUAGUUGUAUUCUUCCUUUCAGGUAUUCUUAGCAUGAUCAUCAUCCGGACGCUUCGGAAGGAUAUUGCCAACUACAACAAGGAAGAUGACAUUGAAGACACCAUGGAGGAAUCCGGCUGGAAACUGGUGCAUGGUGAUGUCUUCAGGCCGCCUCAGUAUCCCAUGAUCCUCAGCUCCCUAUUGGGCUCCGGAAUCCAGCUCUUCUGCAUGAUCCUGAUUGUUAUUUUUGUGGCCAUGCUGGGGAUGCUGUCUCCUUCUAGCCGGGGCGCCCUGAUGACCACUGCCUGCUUCCUCUUCAUGUUCAUGGGGGUUUUUGGCGGUUUCUCUGCUGGCCGAUUAUAUCGGACACUGAAAGGCCACCGAUGGAAGAAAGGGGCUUUCUGCACAGCCACCCUGUACCCAGGAGUUGUCUUUGGGAUAUGCUUUGUCCUGAACUGUUUCAUCUGGGGCAAGCACUCGUCGGGAGCGGUGCCUUUCCCCACCAUGGUGGCUCUCCUUUGCAUGUGGUUUGGUAUCUCUUUGCCCCUGGUUUACCUGGGCUACUACUUUGGAUUUCGCAAGCAGCCCUACGACAACCCCGUGCGGACCAAUCAGAUUCCAAGGCAGAUCCCAGAACAGAGGUGGUACAUGAACCGGUUUGUUGGGAUUCUUAUGGCUGGAAUUCUGCCUUUUGGAGCCAUGUUCAUUGAACUUUUCUUCAUCUUCAGUGCAAUUUGGGAAAACCAGUUCUACUACCUCUUUGGCUUCCUCUUCCUGGUGUUCAUCAUCCUUGUGGUCUCUUGCUCCCAGAUCAGCAUUGUCAUGGUGUACUUCCAGCUCUGUGCUGAGGAUUAUCGGUGGUGGUGGAGGACUUUCCUAGUGUCUGGAGGGUCUGCCUUCUAUGUGUUAAUUUAUGCAAUCUUCUACUUUGUAAAUAAGCUGGACAUUGUCGAGUUCAUUCCCUCCUUGCUAUACUUUGGCUACACAGCCCUCAUGGUGCUGUCUUUCUGGCUCUUGACGGGGACCAUUGGCUUCUAUGCAGCCUACAUGUUUGUCCGCAAGAUUUAUGCCGCUGUGAAAAUAGACUGAAGAUGCCCUGGCAUCACAUAGCACAAAGCAGCUGUCCCUUCAGCUUCCUCCUUGGAAGGAAGUGGGGAACUCUCCCGUUUCUCCCAAGGAAAUAAAUCCCACUGGAGUGGGACACAAGAAAUAAAAAUAGUUCAAUUUUUUGGAAUGUAAUCUUUGGCACAGCGUCCGUGGAAUUGGAUUUCCUGGUGAGGAAGGGUAUAGAUACUUUGCAUUUUAACUUUUAUCCUGUUCUGGUUAUAAGGGUUUUUUUUAGCUGAAAACCGUCCCUCCUCAAUGAGUAACUUUCUUUUUCUUUUGUCUAAUUCAUUUUCUGUUAUUACAAUAAUACGAGAUUGCAAUGGAUACAAAUUUAUGAAACUGUCAAGAGUUCAGGGAGAUUCUUCAGUAAUUGCACAGGAUAACGUUUUGCUGUGCCCUUUCUUGGAACAAGACAGUGGAGAGAGAGAGAGAGAGAGAGAGAGAGAGAAAUUGGAAGUCAGCAUUCCUGGAAAUGGUCUACUGCCACCUUCUUGUACUCUGCUUCCAGCAGCUGUCCGUUCUGGUACUCUGGAGGUGCCAUUUCACAAGGCAAGUGCAGUUCUCUCACAGACGUCUCUCAAACUGUGCAACCUUCCACUCUGCCUCUUGUGCCCACUUAAUGCUGAGGGAGUGUCAGUGGAGACAGCAACAGACGCCUGUUGUCUUGGCCCCCACUCACUUGCUUUGAAUGAGGAUAAACUGAUAACGUGGAACCACCGCCUGCUGAAAAUGUCAUAGGCCUGCAAACUGGAGGCUACUUGGAAAUCCUGGAAAAAUCCCAGGGAAUCUCUCUCACUGCCCCCAUGUAACUCUUGGAUUUUGGUGAGGUUAGAGACUGUUCAGAAAAACUUGCUCCGCUGCUCAUGUGCCAAGGAAUCCACAGCUCACUUGUUGGGAACUGCUGCUGUAAUGUGCAAGAGUGGAAAAGAAACCAGAAGAGUUCUGGUUUUUCUUACUUUCAAAAAAAAAAAGGAAUAAUUUGUUCUUUUUCUCACCCACUCCCCUGCAAUCUUGGUGCCCCAUCUUGUCACUUUUUCAGUUCUGUCUGUUCCUCCAGAAAUGCAUAAGUAUUGGUGGUUUUACUCUUGACCUCUUUGUAAAUUAGAUAGGUGGUCAGAGUCCAACUCCUAAAAUGUAACCAGUGGACCCCCUGUGCCUUUUCCAAUUACCAAGAACAAAAAUUGGGUUUUACUCCUUUUGUAGACUAUACCAUCAGAUUACUUUUUAACUGAGCACAAUGGGUCUGUCUCUUCUCAGAGAUUGUUGCACUCCGUUGGGCAUUUCCUUUAAGGUGGUUAAAGUACCUCCUUUGUGUAGCAAAAUCUUGCUGUAAGUGAUCAGAAUUAAAAGACUGAAUUUUCAGCUACUUUUAAAAAAAAUCAAACCUAAUUGUGGAAUGGCUUAAUUCCAAGUUCCCUGCAAAUUCUGCUGCUUUAUGAAUGUGCGGUUCUAGCAAAAGAGUGGGUGUGCCAUGGUGGUAGGUGGUGGGAGUUCUGUGGAUUUCUUCCAUAGAAAAUUAAUCUCUGUAGGAACACAUGCAUUUCUUAUCUAUGAGAUCUCUUAAGUGUGUUUUAAUUUAACACACACACCCCACCCCACUUUGUCUUGUAAUAACUGCAGGGAAGACUCCACUGCUCGGUUCUCCAUAUUAUGGCAUAAGCAAAUAACAGUCCCAUGAUCAUAGAGAAUGAGGAAUUUCUAACAGCUGUUGCUACUUGCCCCAUGCUUCAUUGCCCAUAACGCCAAAGCCACACCAGCUCAAGUAUCAAGGUCUAACAAAUCAGGAAGUGUGGUAUUUGUCACUUUUGCUAUGGAUUCCUUAGUUAACUCCAAUUUGAUUUAGCAAUAGGAUACCUGACCGAGUCCUUUCUCCCUGUGAUUUUUUUUAACCAGAUCUGCUCUAUCCUUCCACUGUUUCUUAUAUUUUUUAAUGUAUUGUUUGAGCCCAACUGUAAAUAAAUAUGCUGUUGUUGUCAUUGUU